UUAACUGGGGAUACGAUGGAAGGCAUCAUACAGUGCCUGGUCUUCCUCAAAGCUUUUUCGCUUGUAGGCGGUGAAUUCGACAUAGAGCUGAAUUUCGUGAUACAGGACGCACAGAACAUCAGGCAUAUGCUGGAGCUUCUCGACCAUUGCCCACCCAAUCUCCAGGCCGAAAUAUGGAGCGUCUUUAUUGCGAUUCUGAGAAAAAGCGUUAGAAACUUACAAGCAUGUACUGAUGUAAGUCUCAUAGAACAUGUUCUACAUCGAUUAUCUCGUGCGGAAACUGUUGUUGCCGAUUUGUUAAUCGAUAUGCUGGGAGUGCUAGCAAGCUAUAGCAUAACAGUGAAAGAAUUGAAGCUUUUGUUCGGUACUAUGAAAUCCGUUAAAGGAAAGUGGCCACGGCAUUCGGCGAAACUAUUAAACGUCCUCCGCCAAAUGCCGCAGCGAAAUGGGCCAGACGUGUUUUUCAGUUUUCCUGGCAAGAAGGGAUCGGCAAUUGUUUUGCCACCGCUUGCAAAGUGGCCGCACGAGAAUGGAUUUACCUUUACCACAUGGUUCCGUCUAGAUCCCAUCAACUCUGUUAAUAUCGAACGAGAAAAACCGUACCUCUACUGCUUUAAAACAAGCAAAGGAGUAGGAUACUCUGCGCAUUUUGUAGGCAGGUGCUUAGUCCUGACUUCAAUGAAAAUAAAAGGCAAGGGCUUCCAACAUUGUGUCAAAUACGAAUUUCAGCCACGAAAGUGGUACAUGGUCGCGAUAGUGUAUAUAUACAAUAGGUGGACAAAAAGUGAAAUUAAGUGUUUGGUCAAUGGCCAGUUGGCGUCGAGUACAGAAACCACAUGGCAUGUUUCGACGAAUGACCCUUUUGACAAAUGUUACAUUGGAGCAACCCCCGAACUGGACGAAGAGCGCGUGUUUUGCGGACAAAUGAGUGCAAUAUAUUUAUUCAGCGAAGCGCUGACAACGCAUCAGAUAUGCGCAAUGCAUAGAUUGGGGCCGGGAUAUAAGAGCCAGUUUCGAUUCGACAAUGAGUGCUACCUGAAUCUGCCCGACAAUCAUAAAAGGGUACUUUACGACGGAAAGUUGUCGAAUGCAAUUGUGUUCAUGUACAAUCCAGUAGCGACAGAUUCGCAGCUUUGUCUACAGAGCGCACCGAAAGGCAAUGUCUCUUAUUUUGUACAUACACCGCACGCCCUCAUGCUACAGGAUGUCAAGGCAAUCAUAACACACUCUAUUCACAGCACGUUAAACUCGAUAGGUGGUAUUCAAGUACUGUUCCCAUUAUUCUCACAGCUGGAUAUGCCUUAUGACUGCACAGCACCGAACGACAUUAAGCGCGAUCCCACAUUAUGUUCGAAAUUGCUCGGGUUUAUUUGCGACUUAGUGGAGAGUUCUCAAACCGUUCAACAACAUAUGGUACAAAACAGAGGAUUUCUGGUAAUAAGUUUUAUGCUACAGAGAGCCAGUCGAGAUCAUCUCACGACAGAAGUUCUUGCAUCUUUCUUGGAGCUUACGAAACAUUUAGUGACUUGUCUUAGCGCAAACAGCGAUUUGUUAUUGAAACAGCUACUGGAUCACGUUCUUUUUAAUCCCGCUCUGUGGAUAUACACACCAGCACCAGUUCAAACACGGCUUUAUUCGUACCUGGCUACAGAAUUUCUUAGCGACACGCAAAUUUAUUCCAAUGUGAGACGCGUAUCGACGGUUUUGCAAACCGUACACACGCUCAAAUACUAUUACUGGGUAGCUAAUCCUCGCGCGAAAAGUGGAAUAACACCGAAAGGACUCGAUGGUCCGCGACCGCAACAGAAAGACAUUCUUACAAUUCGUUCAUACAUUUUAUUAUUUUUAAAACAAUUGAUAAUGAUUGGUAACGGUGUAAAAGACGAUGAAUUACAGAGCAUACUUAAUUAUUUAACGACAAUGCACGAGGAUGAAAAUUUGCACGAUGUUUUACAAAUGCUAAUAUCUUUGAUGUCGGAACAUCCAUCAUCGAUGGUACCCGCAUUCGAUGCGAAACAAGGAGUACGAACAAUUUUCAAACUUUUGGCAGCUGAAAGCCAGUUGAUACGUUUGCAAGCGUUAAAACUACUAGGAUUCUUCCUCAGCCGCAGUACACAUAAACGGAAAUACGAUGUCAUGAGCCCGCAUAAUCUGUACACGUUAUUGGCUGAAAGGCUCUUAUUGAACGAGGAAACACUCUCAUUACCGACAUACAAUGUUUUAUACGAGAUUAUGACUGAGCACAUCAGUCAACAAAUAUUGUAUACCAGACAUCCUGAACCUGAAUCUCAUUACCGUUUAGAAAAUCCAAUGAUCCUAAAGGUAGUGGCAACAUUAAUUCGACAAUCAAAGCAAACGGAACAGCUGCUGGAAGUAAAGAAACUAUUCCUGUCAGAUAUGACACUACUUUGUAAUAACAAUCGGGAGAAUCGGCGAACAGUUUUGCAAAUGUCUGUGUGGCAGGAGUGGCUUAUUGCUAUGGCUUACAUCCAUCCUAAGAAUACCGAGGAACAGAAGAUAUCAGAUAUGGUGUAUUCCUUAUUUCGCAUGCUUCUUCAUCACGCUAUCAAGCAUGAAUACGGUGGCUGGCGUGUUUGGGUUGAUACGCUGGCUAUCGUGCACUCUAAGGUAUCAUAUGAGGAAUUCAAGCUUCAGUUUGCUCAAAUGUACGAGCAUUACGAGCGACAGAGAUCCGACAACAUUACGGAUCCUGAGCUAAGACAGCAGAGGCCCAUCAGCACGAUUUCUGGAUGGGAUCAGCAACAUUCUGGUAGUAAUGGAUACAAUAGACCAGCGGUGUGGGGAAAUCAAAAUCACGAGAUGCAGCAUAUAGAAAGAAAUUACAAAGAGUUUGAUUCAUCCGAGACAAAUGAUCGAUUGGAAGAAUCCUGCAGCUGCGACCUUAAUUCAAUAGAUAAUACCGAAAGCGACGGUAGUCCGGCCAUCGUGAAAUCGCGCAGCGAAACUUUAGACACACUGCAAUCGUGUGAGGUGGUGUCAUUGGACUCCAGAUUGAGUGAUAAACCAGAAACACCAACUACCGCGCGUGAAACUCACACGGAGACACCGACGAUCCUUGAGGAAGCAAACAGCGAAGCCGUCUCGUUGCCAACUACGCAAGAAACCAGCGAAGUGAUAUCGAUUGAGAGCUCCAGCGACUUCUACAGCGAGGUGCACAAAAUCGAGAGUUCCAGUCCUGACUCAAUGAUAGUUCAAGACACUUUGAAAAAAGAAGAAGACAUAGUUCUUGAGAAACAAUCUGUUGUUGUUACCGAAUCCUCUUCAACUGAACAGAUUAAGGAAACCACGGAAGUGACACCUGUCGAAUCGAAAGAUUCGAAGGAAACUGUGACAGAUACAAAUAUUCCCGACAUGGAUUCCACAACAGUGAACAAAGUUGAUAAUCCACUGGUUGAGGACAAGGAUGUGAAGGAGGAGAUUGCUAAGUCUGUCGAGGAGAAUAACGUUACGACCGAUGACAGUAAUACGCCAACCAACACUGAAGAUUCCGACAAGGCUGCAACAGUAAUUGAAAAUGUGGCCGACUCUAUUACUUCAAAAGUCGACGCCGACACUGAAGAAGAUACCGUGCCAAAUGUCCCUUCUGACGAAACGCAGGAACCGUUAACAGUUAAAGUCAUCGAGAAGCUCCAAUUGGAGAACGAUCGCGAGGUAAUUGAUAGCGAUACAUCAGAAGCAUACUUGACGCCAACUGAGAACCAAGAAAUCUCGAGUGAGAUAAAAAGCAGAUCGUCCGAAAAUGAGAAAAACGACGAUGAGUCCGUCGAAAAAAAGGAUAUUUCCGAAGACAGGGACAUUACCGCUGAGACUGGUGAGAAGGACGCAGGAGAAACUGUAAAAAAUCCUAAUUGCUCAACUAGCGUAGUAGAAGGCGGUGAGGCUUGCGCGGAGAAGGCGAUAGAUCUAGGAAACGAGAAGGUGGAACCCGUAAUAGUGAAUAGUGCGUUAAGUAGUGAUAAACGCGCCGUGGAUUCUUUAACGGAGGACAAAAGUGCUGUUAUUAAUGAUAACGAAGACGCGAAUGUAAACGAGAAACACUCAAGGGAGCCGUCCACUAUUUCUACUAACGUAAGUGAUAAUAAGUCAGACGUUCCUGCGACGACUGACGAGGUAGAAGUUACAGGUAGUGUUUGUAGUAAUAGCGACGUUCAAAGUUCUGUAGAUAAUAUGACGCAAGUGCCAAAUCCUAAGCAGCAAAUCUCAACAAUAUCUACGGUCUGUGAUGCAACUAAAAGUUUAUCCGACGGUGUGCCUCAAAUCGUUAGUUCUAAUGUGGUUGCCAGGGACAAUGCGUUAUUGAAUGACUUAACUCCAGAUCACGUAGAUACCCAUCGCAGAUCCAGCCUACCGAUCGUCACCUCGGAAACGAUCGCGGACGAUAACGGUCACGAGCCACCCUCCUUGCCUGUACCCCUACGAAAGACAUCGUCGCCCCAAAAACGACCAAGGAGUGCCUCUACGUCCACGCAGGUGGAUCCCAAUCAUUUCGAAGCCAAAAGAUCAAAGCAAGGAAAUCCCUCCACACGGCCAAUGUUCAGUCCAGGCCCGACACGACCUCCAUUCAGAAUACCGGAAUUUAAAUGGUCAUACAUACACCAACGGCUGCUGUCGGACGUGCUAUUCUCUUUAGAAACAGAUAUUCAAGUAUGGAGAAGUCACUCAACGAAGUCCGUAUUGGAUUUCGUAAACAACAGCGAGAACGCGAUUUUCGUAGUGAAUACUGUUCAUCUAAUUUCGCAGUUAGCUGACAACCUUAUAAUAGCUUGCGGCGGUCUGCUGCCCUUACUAGCGUCGGCCACUUCGCCAAAUAACGAACUGGACGUAAUCGAGCCAACUCAGGGAAUGCCAAUCGAAGUAGCAGUUUCUUUUUUGCAAAGACUAGUCAACAUGGCCGACGUACUUAUAUUCGCCAGUUCGUUAAACUUUGGAGAACUGGAAGCUGAGAAAAACAUGUCGAGCGGUGGCAUAUUGCGACAAUGUUUACGACUGGUCUGUACAUGUGCCGUUAGAAACUGCUUAGAGUGUAAAGAACGUGGCAGAUCGUACAGCAUGUUAGGUCGACAGAUCGGUUCUAGUAAUAAAUCACAGCAUAUACAAUCGCUUAUUCGCGGAGCUCAGACAUCACCUAAGAACAUCGUGGAUAAUCUUACGCAUCAGUUAAGUCCUGUUAAGGAUCCCGAGAAAUUGCUGCAAGAUAUGGACGUAAAUCGUUUGAGAGCUGUGAUAUACAGAGAUGUUGAAGAAACCAAGCAGGCACAGUUUCUGUCCCUUGCUAUAGUUUACUUCAUCUCUGUAUUGAUGGUCUCCAAAUAUCGCGACAUAUUGGAACCACCAAUAUCGCAGCGCCCACCAAGUCCGGUGCAAACAAUACAGACAAAUGGUGCCGGUCUUAGGCCAGGUAGUCCUUCAGAUGGGAAUGGUGGUGGAGGAGGGCGGCCCUUAUUUCCACAGUGGUCUCACCACGUGUACCCACAGUUCCUCCCGGGAUCUCACCCUAACGCCAAUGCAAAUGUCAAUGCCAAUGCCAAUCAUCACAUCAACCAGCACCACCACCAGCACCCGCUACCGGCUGCCAGGCACUCUAAUCGCCAGCCAUCCUCUAACUAUUAUCUCCCAAAUCACCACAACAAUCACUACAAUCAUCAUCCGAAUAACCAUAACUAUCAUCGUCAUCACCACUAUCAUCAUCACAAUAACAACAACCACCACCAUACGCUUCAAAAGCAUAUCGAUCAGCCCCGAAAUCUCUGUCAUAGAAACUCCGGUGUCGGUCUGCAAGGUAGCGGAGGUAUAAUGAGUCAAUCGGGCUCUCAAGAUGAUGGCGAGUAUGAAGUCAUCAUCGUUGACGAAAACAAUUCUUCAAUUUUGGCCGAUCACGACGUCACAUCAUCUGGGCCGCCGUCAACCAAGGGAGGUCACAGUGGUGUACCUCGGCCGCGGACUAUUCUCGAGGAUUACACCUCAUCAGAACCAACGCUUGGCACUUCUACAAGGUCCGAACCACUGCCACGAAAUCUACAGAGCAAUGACUCCAGUGAGGAGACAGUACAUCGCAGCAAUAUCACUGCGGACCCGAGUCCUUCUGAAGUUACCACCGACAACGAAAACAAGCACAAUUCUUCCGAAGAAGCUUGGACAGAUGUAAAUCUUAAUGAAGACGGUGAUACGAUGCCUAUUACAAAUCCAAGAGAAGAUCCGCGAAACAUCCAUAAUAUUGCACACUCGCGUGGCGACAUGCAAGACAGCGAGGGCAACGUUCUCGAACAAGAAAUGCUCGGUAAUGCCGAACGUGGGGAGAAACCGUCGGCGGAAAUCUCCGUGGUGAGAGUUCCUGAUCGGUUGGUAGUAACCGCAGCAUCCCCGAGAGCCGAUGAAUUGCCAAUCAAAGGUCUGGUCGAUCAUUUACCUGUACCAACACCUUCCCGUGAAGCCUCUCUCACGCAAAAGCUGGAAAUGGCUUUGGGUUCGGUUUGUCCCCUCCUUCGAGAGAUCAUGGUGGACUUUGCUCCCUUCCUGUCCAAAACACUUGUUGGCUCCCAUGGUCAAGAAUUGUUAAUGGAAGGAAAAGGUUUAACCACAUUUAAGAACAGCAACUCCGUCGUGGAAUUGGUUAUGCUCCUCUGCUCUCAAGAAUGGCAAAACUCUCUGCAAAAGCACGCAGGUCUCGCUUUCAUCGAGCUCAUUAACGAGGGAAGGCUGCUAUCUCACGCGAUGAAGGAUCACAUAGUAAGAGUCGCGAACGAAGCAGAAUUCAUUUUAAACAGGAUGAGAGCGGAUGACGUGCUGAAGCAUGCUGACUUUGAGUCACAAUGCGCUCAAACACUAUUGGACCGUCGGGAAGAAGAACGCAUGUGUGAUCAUCUAAUCACCGCAGCACGAAGACGUGAUAAUGUUAUCGCUAGCAGGCUUCUGGAGAAAGUCAGAAAUAUUUUAUCUAACAAGCACGGUGCUUGGGGAUAUAUGGAUCCAAUGGCUGCAAAAUUGGCCGAAUACUGGAAACUAGAUGCUUGGGAGGAUGAUGCACGUAGACGCAAGCGUUUCGUGCAUAAUCCACUAGGCUCGAGCCACCCCGAGGCUACUCUCAAGGCGGCUCUAGAACACGGUGCACCCGAGGAUGCGAUACUUCAAGCGCGUGAAGAGUUUCACGCGCAUCUCGCAGCCUCGCGUGCACACCAACAGCAAUUGCAGUCGGCGGAUCUUCUGGAUGACAGUGAAUUGCUGACGGACGACAGGGAUCUCGACAACGACUUGACAGGUCCGGUGAAUAUUAGUACGAAAGGCAAAUUAAUCGCACCCGGUAUCGUGGCGCCUGGCAUCAUUUCCGUAACAUCUACAGAACUGUAUUUCGAGGUGGACGAGGAUGAUCCGGAAUUCAAGAAAAUCGACAGUGAGGUGCUGAAGUACUGCGAUCAUUUGCACGGAAAAUGGUACUUCUCCGAAAUCCGCGCGAUCUUCUCCCGGCGUUACCUGCUGCAAAAUGUGGCCCUCGAAAUCUUCCUUGCGAGCAGAACUUCGAUCCUGUUCGCGUUCUCGGACCAGGCGACGGUGAAAAAGAUGAUCAAGGCGCUACCGCGAGUUGGCGUUGGUAUCAAGUACGGGAUAUCCCAAACUAGACGGGCAUCCUUGAUGUCACCUCGACAAUUGAUGAGGAACUCCAACAUGACUCAAAAGUGGCAGCGUAGGGAAAUAUCGAAUUUUGAAUAUUUGAUGUUCUUGAACACAAUUGCUGGCCGCACGUACAAUGACUUGAACCAAUAUCCUGUAUUUCCUUGGGUGUUAACGAACUACGAAACGAAGGAACUCGAUCUCAGUUUGCCCAGCAAUUACAGAGAUUUGUCGAAGCCAAUUGGCGCACUGAAUCCAAACAGAAGAGCUUACUUCGAAGAACGCUUCCAAAGCUGGGAACACGACACUAUACCACCCUUCCAUUAUGGCACACAUUAUUCUACGGCAGCCUUUGUUUUAAAUUGGAUGAUACGCGUGGAACCAAUGACAACUAUGUUCUUGGCUUUACAAGGCGGUAAAUUUGAUCACCCUAACAGACUAUUUUCAUCUAUCGCGCUCUCGUGGAAGAAUUGCCAACGCGAUACAUCCGACGUUAAGGAGCUGAUUCCGGAAUUCUUUUUCCUACCGGAAAUAUUAGUAAAUAGCAAUCAUUACCGUUUGGGCAGGCAAGAGGAUGGUAGCUCGGUUGGCGAUGUUGAAUUACCACCUUGGGCUUCGUCUGCUGAAGAGUUUAUACGUAUAAAUCGAAUGGCACUCGAAUCCGAAUUUGUGUCAUGUCAAUUACAUCAAUGGAUCGACCUGAUAUUUGGUUAUAAACAGAAAGGCCCGGAAGCCGUACGUGCAACCAACGUUUUCUACUAUUUAACGUACGAGGGUACCGUAGAACUGGAUACCAUCAUAGAUCCCUUGAUAAGGGAAGCUGUAGAAAACCAAAUUAGGAAUUUCGGACAGACACCAUCGCAGCUCUUAAUGGAACCGCAUCCUCCGAGAAGCUCCGCGAUGCAUUUGUCGCCAAUGAUGUUCUCGAGCAUUCCGGAAGAUGUGUGCAUGACUAUCAAGUUUCCGUCUAACUCGCCGAUUUGUCACAUCUCGGCUAACACUUACCCUCAACUGCCACUGCCAUCGGUUGUGACGGUAACCACCGGACAGCAAUUUGCUGUUAAUCGGUGGAAUACCAAUUAUGCAGCCUCAGUGCAAUCUCCGAGUUAUGCAGAUACACCACAGGCGCAGGCUGCCAAUCAGCCAUUAUCCAUGGAUCCUGUUCUUUCUCAAGCGGCAAACAGCUCAAAUCCAACGUUACAACGUCGACAUCUAGGCGACAAUUUUAGUCAGAAACUCAAAAUUCGCAGCAAUUGUUUUGUUACUACUGUGGACAGCCGAUUUUUAGUGGCCUGCGGAUUUUGGGACAAUAGCUUCCGCGUUUUCUCCACUGAGACAGCAAAAAUCGUCCAGAUAGUAUUCGGUCAUUACGGAGUCGUUACUUGCUUGUCGCGUAGCGAGUGUAACAUUACUUCCGACUGCUACAUUGCAUCCGGAAGUGCUGACUGCACUGUCCUCCUUUGGCAUUGGAACGCAAGAACACAAACUAUCGUUGGUGAGGGUGAAGCACCGGCGCCACGUGCUACCCUUACAGGUCACGAACAGCCUGUGACAGCCGUCGUCAUAUCCGCCGAAUUGGGUUUGGUUGUCUCAGGAUCGCAUUACGGUCCGGUACUCGUUCACACUACUUUUGGUGACCUUCUAAGGUCGCUCGAGGCGCCGAAUGGAUUUUCGUCUCCUGAAAACAUCUCUAUGUCACGCGAGGGCGUCAUCGUAGUAAACUAUGAACGUGGGCAUAUAGCGGCUUUCACCAUAAAUGGAAAACGUCUUCGUCACGAGUCUCAUAAUGAUAAUUUACAGUGCUUACUACUGAGCAGAGACGGCGAGUAUUUGAUGACUGGAGGUGACAAAGGUAUCGUUGAAGUUUGGCGAACCUUCAACCUUGCCCUACUUUAUGCAUUUCCCGCAUGCGAAAGCAGCGUGCGAUCCCUUGCACUCGCUCAUGAUCAAAAGUUUCUUCUAGCUGGUCUGGCAAACGGGUCCAUUGUGAUAUUCCACAUCGACUUUAACAGAUGGCAUCACGAGUUCCAGCAGCGUUACUGAAAUUACGACUUCCUAUUCGCCUAAGAAGGCAGGGCGCACCUCAUAAAACAAACUUUUGCGCUUAACUUUCCAAAUAGUACAUCUUCGAAUUUACAUGUAUUUUCUCGGACAAACGGUGCUUCGUUUGUUCAAUUUUUUGUGGAUCACUCACGAGUGUGUCGAAUGUACGGGGAAGCCAUAGUAUUUGCGCGACAUUUGUACGGGUCAGCUUCUCGUCUCAGACUAUUCUUAGAUUCGCAGCAAAUUUAUGGUAUAUAAAAUAUAUUCAAUCAAUCGAAUUAGGUGCAAUGAGCGGCAAUGAAAUAAAUAUGGUGCACUGCAAAUUUUGACGUUCAGCAAUAAACUCGCUUACAUAGCUGCGUGCAGUGCUUCCGUGAGAGAGGAGGUCGAGCGUGAUACAAAGGGCGAGGUGCAAUCAGAGUUCCGGCUGUUUAUCCCGCGUAAUUGCCGAGUGGACGUCAAACCAUGUCGCAUGCUUGUAAAAGCGCGAAAAUUAUAGGUACUACGUACCGCUCGAAAACGCUAGUCAAUUAAUGAAGACUCGGAUCUAUCUACGUUCGCGAGUGUUCGCGCGAUUUCUUCUCACGCGGUGCGGAGAAAAAGGUAUGCUAUAACGGGGAAAGGCGAUAAGCGCCAAAGAAAGAAACCGCGUCGACGAGACGACGGAGCUGAACAUACGUUAUUUUUAUGCCUGGAACUGCACGUGGAUUUGGCCCACGACACUCUAGCGUUAAAUGUCCAAUUGUAAAUACAGAAUAUGUAAUUCUUCACGUUAUACAUAUAUACAUACACACGCGCUUUAUUCCCUAUAUUAGAGGGGCCAAGGAAGUGAAAGGCGUGCAUUAUCGCGAGAGGUUUUUCAUUCUAUUCUUCUCAGACGUCGCUCACGUCGAACCUUUUGGCUACGCACUUUGUACGUUCAGUUUGAACUACACGCACGCAAACGCACUACUGCUGCGUAAAUCACUGGUACCGCGGUAGCACCGGUAGAUGCUGUGCGGUAAACACAUCGCUAAUCAUUCUCUCGACCGCGGUAUCAAUCCUCUACCCCUCACUCCCCACCGCCGCCGCAACACUUUCUACACCCUGAUGUUCGCGUCCUUCGAAAGAGAUCCUAAUUUUUAUCAAAGCCGUCCAGCUUAACUUUUGCGAGGAUAUUUCUUAGUAUUUUCGCACGCGACGUAUAUUAAUCAGCAAGCAAGUUAUUUAGGCUAAAGUAACAUCCCGAAUUCAUCCUUAACAUUCCGCGAAUUGUCAAGGAUCGUGUUUAUGUGUGAAUGCGUUGUUGGUGAUCCUAGGAUGGUCGAGUGACGAUAGAGUAGGAUAUAUGAGAGAUGAAAGAGAGAGAGAGAAAGAGAGAAAACGUUAAAUAUGAGAGUGAGAGAAUGAAGAAAAAAAAAGCAGACGUACACCUUAACAGCUAACAACGAUGGGGAAGAAGAUGCUUGAUCACGCAUAAGCGGUAGAAUUACUAGCUUGAUUUCCGUUCGUACGCCAUCGUAGAACAUGUGAUCGAUAGUCUUGUAGUAUUACUACAGAGUACUAUUGUCAUUUUGAGCCUUGUGUAUUUCACGAGCUAGUCGUAGACACAAGACGCCGCAUAAGUAUAGCCUUCAGUUGUUUGUACGUAUUCCGGAUGUAGCAUAUUGUCGUCAACUUGAUUUUAAUCAUGUGUAACGAGUAAUUACUUAAUGUAUCUAAGAAGACAGAGGGAUGGGGAAACCGUUUUGUUGUCAUUGCUUCAUAGUCAUAUGACAAUGACAGAUGCAUUUCCGUGGUCGCCAGGACAGUUAUCGCAAAAUCUUCGAAAGAAUGAAGAUGUAAGGACGCGGAGAUGAGAAAACACGGAAAGAAAAUGAGAGGACAUAAACAUAAGUCAUUCGAGGUAAAUCGCGGAUUUUAAUUGGCCGUCGCGAUUUAAUAAAACGUUGUGAUUUUAUAAUACAUCAUAUUACAAUUCGCUUUUGCAUUUA